AUGUCAAUCAUUGGAACCGAUAGGUUGAUGAAUGAAUUAGAACAUAAAGAUGAUGUUCAUAAUUUGGAGUGGACCAAAGCUAAAGAUAUACGACUAGCGAAAUACGUCGAAGAGUAUAGCAAUGCAGUUAUAGACGUGACUCAAUUCUAUCAGAAAAUAGAUUGGACUUAUCUCCUGAGGAUCCUCGAAUUUCCAGAUAUUGAUUUCCUUAAGUUAAAAGUUGAUGAAUUAUACGAUCAAAGAUAUGACUACUUCCAUAAUAAUGAAUUCGAUAUAAGGCAAGUAACAAGUGAUUGGAAAGAUAAAAAGAAUCCCCUUUAUAAAGAGGUAGCGGGGAUAAUAUCAUCUCUCGACUUGGAAUCCUUCAAAUUAGAAAUUUCACCCCCAAUACCUGAUAAUCAAGUCGAAAAAGUCAAUAAGAAUACGAAGCCAGUGGUAGUAGUAAAUAACUCCAUUGAUUUAAAGGUUAGAUCAGAGAUGCCGAAAAUGACUAAAACUCAAAGAAGGAUGUCAUUAGAUUUAAUGCAUCCAGGUCCGAAUUCAUUACUACACACUUUCGAAGGAAAUAAUAGAGACUCAAAUCUUAUAAAGCCAGCUGUGAUAAGUACAACAUAUGUCAACGCGGUAACCAAGGCAGAAAUUGGAGUAAAAGAGACUGGUAUACAACAUCCAUUGAUUAACAAUAGACUUAGGAAUGUUCUGAAAAAGCUUGGAUUUGGAUUUCUGGGACAAAAUGGAAAGCCUUCUCGUACAUCUUCAGCACCUAAAGUGAUAAUAGAUCAACCUUCAAAUGAUGAUGUUGAUAAACAAAACCGAAUCAAACAAACUUUGCCUAAUGAUAAGAAAUUACGAAGGGGUUCUUUAUUUGGAGAAAAUCUUCCCAUGUAUAUAAAGAACCAAUUAAGGAAAGAAGUUGAAGAAGAAAGUGUUCCUGUGCCGAUUGUCAUACCUCCCGAACCUAAAAAGAAUGAAAUAAAAGCCAAACGUGUCAAUAGUCCUAUAAUCAAAGUACCGUCUAGAGUACAGAAUUUAUUGGCAAAUUCACAAUCUUUAUAUGCUCAUUCAAGGGAUAUAUCAAGUAUAAAAUUCCCGAAUGGUAGUCAAACUCACACCAAUGAAUCGGAAAAUACAGAUAGACAUUAUGAUUCUGAUGUAGAUGAUAAUGAUAGAGAGUAUAUUCUGCCUGAUCUGAUCACGAAAAACUAUAACGAUGAUCAGGAUGAAAUAUUUAGAGGCAUUGAAGGUGAAGAUGAUCCAUUAGUUAAAUUGGUACUUAGUUUUGAUAAUUUGCUGGGUCUUAGAGAUGAUGCUAUGUCUGCUCAUAGUAGUGAAGAAGAAGAUGAUGACUACUUAUUAAAGGUAUAA